GGCGCAACCUGAGGCCACAGGCAGACGGAAUGGAUGUAUCGCUUUGGUAUCCCCUUCCGAGAGGAGCCCUCCCCAACUCCUCUGGGAGAUCUGUGCCCCCCGGCUCCGUUUGCUGAUGGCUGCGCAGUUUCUGCACUCGCCCAGCAGUGGCUCAGCACAGCGGCUCCUGCAGCACUUUGCACGGGGCUGUUUGUGGAGCAGCGCUAUCUGCGAUCCCAGCACUGCCCUCCUCCUGACGCUGCCUAUAAGAGCGCUGCUGAGCUGCACAGCGGUUCCAGCCCCGGCACUGCUGUGCAGGAGAAGAGCAGGAACAGCACGAGUGCAGCAGGCAGACCUGGGGACACAGCGCAGCGCUGUUUGGCUCCCCGUGCGAGUGCACUCCCAAUGGCAGGAAUCCAAAGCAAAGGAUCCGAACUGAGGAUACUGCUGGUGGGCAAGACGGGGAGUGGGAAGAGUGCAACAGGGAACACCAUCCUUGGGAAGAAGGCAUUUGAAUCGAAGGUUGCACUACAUUCAAUAACUCCAGAUUUCGAAAAAGCUGAGAGUGACUUCCAUGGAAGACGAAUUGUUGUUGUCGACACUCCUGGUCUUUUUAACACUAGAGUAGUCACUGUACAAGAAACAGCUGAAAAGAUUGGAAAUGCCCUUCGGGAUCUCUACGGAGGGGUCCAUGCCAUCAUCCUGGUGAUGCAGCUGGGGCAAGUUACUGAAGAAUGUGAGCAAGUGGCUGAGUGGGUGACCAAGAUUUUCCUUACUGAAGCACUGAGGUACACAAUCCUAUUAUUCACCCGAGCAGAAGAUCUACAGAAGCCCGAAGAUCUGAAGGGUUUAAUCGGAGACAGCAAAUACCUGAUGGGGCUGGCAGCAAAGUGUGGAAAUCGGUACAUCGCUUUCAGCAACACAGCCACCGGGGAGGCGAGGGAUCGGCAGGUUGCAAAGCUCAUUGAAAUGAUUGAUGCCAUGGUAGAGCAGAAUUGUGAUGCUCCGCGUUACACGCGAGAAAUGCUGGAGAAACAUAAAGAGAAAUCUCCUGGACAGGCACCCAGUUGGAGAGCAGAAUGUGUGAGCAAAGGAUCCCCACUGAGGAUACUGCUGGUGGGCAAGACGGGGAAUGGGAAGAGUUCGACAGGGAACACCAUCCUUGGAAAGAACACGUUUAACACUGGAUGUGCAGCAAGUGGGGUAACCCAAGAGUACAAGGAAGAUAAAAGCUGCAUCCAUGGAAGAACAAUUGUUGUUGUUGACACUCCUGGUGUUUUUGACAAUACGGAUUUCAGCAGAGGAACAGCUAAUAAGAUUAAGGAUGGUCUUCGAUGCCUGAAUGAAGGUGUCCAUGCCAUCCUCCUGGUGAUGCGGCUGGGCCAGAUCACUCAAGAAAUGAUGCAAGUGGCUGAGUGGGUGACCAAGAUUUUCCAUACUGACGGAGAGAGGUACACCAUCCUGUUAUUCACCCGAGCAGACGAGCUGGAGGAUCCAAGUGGUCUGAAAGGUUUCAUAGAAGGAAGCCAAUUCCUCAAAGGUUUGGUAGCAAAGUGUGGAAAUCGGUACAUCGCUUUCAACAACAAAGCCACGAGAGAGGCAAAGGAUCGGCAGGUUGCAGAGCUCAUCCAAAUGAUUGACGACAUGGUAGAGAACAAUCACAAUGCUCCGUGUUACACGCGAGAAAUGCUGGAUAAAGGUUUUUGGAACUUUUUUUUAAAUCGUUGUUCUAUCCAAUAAUCAUCAAAGGUUCAGUCAAAGAGCAGAAAUCUCACCUGUUGUGCCAUUCCUGCUGCCUCUGUGGGGUGAUGAGGGUGUCGCAGUGUGCUCCCUCCUGCCCUCAGCAUUCUGUGAUGGGCUGGCCCUUACGUCCAAGGCCUUGCUCAGAACUGAUAACACUAUCCCGCUAAACACUAUGAUUAUGAGCUAAUCACCUCGCAGCCAACAACUCCCUUGAGCUCUAGUUCUCAACAAGAUUGCUUGUGAUCUCCUCAUUUCCUUCUAGAUAUGUAGAAGCUUGAGUGACUGUAGUGACGGGAUGGAUUAUGUGGAGUAAUUAGUGGAAAUAACCUACUGGGAUAUUCCCCUCUUAAGGGACGAAAAGGGUUGAAGAAACCUCCACGGUGGAAUGGAGUGAAUAUGCAGAGUCUGUUCCAUGAUGGUCCCGCAAGCAGCGUUAAGACCUGCAAAGUGUAGAUUGUUAGCAGCACCGGGGGGAACUUGAUAGGCCAGCCCCAAGAGGUACAGCACAGAUGUGGAGUGCGGUGUAAAACUCUGCAUCCCGGCUCUGUGAUAAGAUUGUAGGGAUGGGAGCUUGGUGGUAUUGUGGAACUGGGAAACUGCAUUGCAGUCAUCCCAAGUUGGCAGUUUCUCAAUUUUCUGUCACACCAGUUGCAAUAGAGAGAGGAAGGAUUAGUACCACUCCAUCUGAAAGUAAGGAAAUGUAUAAAAAUUAGAGAAUCACUGAAUCACCAAGGUUGGAAAAGACCUACAGGGUCACCCAGUCCAACUGUCCACCAAUCACCGAUAGUUCCCACUAAACCAUGUCCCUCAACACAACGUCUAAACAAACCUCAAACACCUCCAGAGUUGGUGACUCCACCACCUCCCUGGCAGCCCAUUCCAACGCCUGACCACUCUUUCAGAAAAGUAGUAAUUCCUAAUGUCCAAAUAGCACAAGAGAGAAGGAAUUUUGGGGGAGAUACCAUUGCAGACAAGUUGGGAGAUCAACGCUGACUUCCAGGAGCAGUUGAUAGGCUGAGUCUCUCUUCUCCCUGCAUAUGGAUGCCUGUUGUGUAAGAUUUGCAUGCUUGGUUACAGCUAGUGCUUCCUUCAGGAAACUAUCGAGUUAUAUCGUAGUUUAAUGCAUUCACAGUUGCCCGUGUUAUUCAUAUCCUUGAUAUUUGUUUCUGCUCUGCAGACUGUGUAGUUAUCACUGGCAAUUCAAGAGAAUCUGUUAUCUAUUGCUACAAUAAAGAGCACUACUCCACAA